GUAAAUCCUCUCAGUCUCUGAAAACUGCGGGUUCGAGUCCCGUCUCGGUCGAACUUUUUUUUGACUAGUUAGAUCCUUCUUUUCUUUCCCCAUACCCCCUCAUGACGUUCCUCGACUUAUCUUCCCCGCUUCUCACCCCUCAUUGAACAACAACCAUCAACACCAUCGCCUUUCCCUCGAUAAGAUUGUCAAGCAGCUGUCAGAGAGCAACGGAAGAAUGGCUUACAGAGCAGCAUCCCACUCUGGCUCAUGGUAUUCGGACGAUCGCGGCGCCCUUACACACCAGCUCGAUCAAUGGCUAGCUCAGGUCCCUGAUGCCAUUGAAGGGGUGGGCUCACUGCCUGUCCCUGGCGCACGAAUUAUCAUUGCUCCCCAUGCAGGAUAUAGGUACUCUGGAGCUUGUGCCGCCUAUGCCUACAAGGCCCUGGACCUAUCAAAGGCGAACCGUAUAUUCGUUCUCGGACCGUCGCACCACCAUUAUUUCACGAGCCUUGCCCUGCCGCGACUGAAGGGCUACUAUACGCCGCUGUCUGAUGAUCCCCUCCCGCUCGAUACCGACCUUAUCGCCAAACUCCGGUCUAGCUCCACUGUUAAGCCAAACGGAUCAACCGUCAACUUCGAUGACAUGACUCGAUCUAUGGAUGAAGACGAACACAGCAUUGAGCUUCACCUCCCGUAUAUCCACCGUCUGCUGCAACUCCAGCAUCCAGACAAACCGACGGCAGAGUACCCCCCGCUAGUACCCAUCUUGGUGGGAAACACGUCUACAACGACCGAAAGUGCAUUCGGUGCUUUGCUGGCGCCAUACUUGGAAGACCCGACAAAUGCAUUUGUCAUUAGCUCCGACUUUUGUCAUUGGGGUCUGCGCUUUCGCUAUACAUAUUACCUUCCCGAAGCGCCUAAACCCGGGCCAAGGCUGCCGUUAUCAUCGGAUGCCCUACCACAACCAGGUGACAGCGAUAUAGACGCCAAGAUCGAGUCCGCCACUACAGGUCAUCAUCUGCAGCGGCGAGACCGCAUACAUAGCCAGCAGCCAACAAUCCACGAGAGCAUCUCAACGUUUGACAUCGCUACCAUGGCGGCGAUAGCUACUGGAAAGACUUCGAGGUUUGCCGAGUCCCUUGAGACGACGGGAAAUACAGUGUGCGGCCGUCAUCCUAUUGGCGUUAUCAUGGCCGCCAUCGAGAAAACCGGUAAGCAAGAAGGAGGGACAGGCAUAUUCCACUUCGCUCGGUACGAGCGCAGCGCGGACAUCACGGACGUGUCUGAUAGUUCGGUGAGCUACGUCUCUGCAUUUGCCGUGCUGUAGUACAAGGUCAUUGGCAUUUCCGUACCGCAUAAAUGACUGCUGGUCACCCAUAUUACGGAAACAACUUUCCGGGUUCAACCAAGUUGGAUGCUGUGUUCAUCGAAUAAUCUAUACAUCUACUGAAUCAAAUUCACUAUCUACUUCAGGGUA